AUGGAGAGUUUCUCUGAGGAAUUCAUCGAAGCAAAACCAACACAGCAGGCACAAGCUGUUACUGUAUUAGAUGACUUUGACUCACCACCCAAAGACAUCUUGGUUGAUCCCGACUCCAAUGGGGUCCGCCGACUGCGUCUAAUGGAAGAGGCACGGCGAAACAGGUUACGGAUGGAAGAACAGCAGAGAGAAGCGCUGCGUGACGCCAGAAAAGACAUCGAGAUGAAGAUGUCCACACCUCAAAAGACGACCAACUCCGAACAAGAGCCGAAAUCGAAGAACAGACGGAAUCGUGGAGGACGGAACCGCGGUAGUCAAGGCGGAGACGUGAUAGCCGAGCAAUUCGCCAAUUCUCAAGCACAGCCAGAGUCUGCGGGCCCAAGUCGGCAACAAGUCGAUUCACAAGGACAGUCACUACAGCAGAUGCCUGCACCCAACAGUCUUACCGGCGAUACUUUGCGGCAGACGGCCCGUGCAUCAGGUCGACGGUCGCGCAACCCCCUGGAACAGGUCCUAGCUCCAGAGUCCCAGGGGCUACUGCAUUCGCCUGGAAGCGGCCUGAACCUGCAAGAUCCCUAUGCCCCUCUGAGAGCUGGACCACAGAAUGUGCCGCCGGAGCUAGCUCUAUUGCAGGCAAGAGCUUCAACCUGCGGAGUUAAUGGUCGUCGAUCUUCAAGGGCGGCUUCAGGUGAGCACACACAACACCCAUCUUUCUCACCACGCACCUCAUGGGCACCUCUUCCACCUUGGACGCCUCACGGUCCUGCGGCAGGGUCCUCAAAUAUCAUCACGCAGAGCGACGAGGACAGCCACAGGAGAGGACCACCGUACAUCGGCCCUACUCGAGCUGUCGAGGCAGAACGUCUAAGACAAGCACAGAACUCACGCGACGACCCGAGUUUACAAGAAGAAAUAGCCUGGGAACGAGACGCACUUUGGAGGAUUCUGAGACAGCAAUUUGGCAUGGGCGAUCCGCAAAUUCGGGCACUAUUGGAAAGCGAAAGAAACAGGGACAGAGUUAUUGAGUGGGAAUUUGUGUAA